AUCCUAGCAGGUUCUCUCACUCUUGCCUCUUUUUCUUCUCUCUAGCCUACAUUUAGGGUUUGUUGAUCGGUUCACAAUUCUCCUUCAAAGAUGAUCGUUUUGAGGAGCUCCGACGGAGAGACCUUUGAGGUCGAUGAGGCGGUGGCGCUAGAAUCGCCGACCAUUAAGCAUAUGAUAGAGGACGACUGCACUGACACCAGCAUCUCUCUACCCAACGUUACUAGCAAGAUCUUAGUCAAGGUCAUCGAAUACUGCAAGCGCCAUGUGGAGGUUCCUAAAGCUGAGGAUAAGACCGCCGAAGUGGAUCUCAAGACUUUCGAUGCUGAAUUCGUCAAAGUUGAUCAGAGCACCCUUUACGAUCUCAUGCUGGCUGCCAACUAUUUAAACAUAAAGAGCUUGCUAGAUCUGACAUGUCAGACAGUAGCAGACAUGAUCAAGGGAAAGACGCCUGAGGAGAUAAGCAAGACAUUCGACAUCAAGGAUGACUUGACUCCUGAGGAAGAGGAAGAAUUCAGGAGGGAGAAUGCCUGGGCAUUCGAGUGAAUUUGAGUCUGUUAAGCAUCCAUAUCUGUAGAUAGAUCUGCAAUAUACUUUAGUAGAUGCUAUGAAUAACUUAUAUCAGUAAGUGUGUGACUGUUGUUUCUCGGACAUUCUGGCUUUGGCUGUUGAACAUCUUUUGCUCUGUUAUGCCGUGGUUUCUUAUGUUCUAAGUAAAAAUUGAAGGUAAAAUCAUGUUGGUAGCCGAUGUCCAUUUUCAUUGAUCUAUUAUUGGAAAUUCAUAUUGUUUGUUGUGUUUA